UGAACUUCAAAUGACGUCAUAACAAUCUUGUCAAGUCGAUCACUGUUUCCAGUUUUUGUUAUCAGAUAGUGUUAAGGUGUCAACAAGUCAAAGCGUAAUUUACAACGUAAAAUAUCAAAUAAUCGUUCUUCUAAUUUGAAAUUAGUAAAAGAAUCCAUAUAAAAAUGGAUUUGGCUACGUUUAUGCGAGGUUAUUCUCGUUAUAUGCUCAUUAUUUUUAAUUUGAUUUUCGUGAUAACCGGUGUUGUUAUCAUUUCUGUUGGUAUUAGUUCUAAAGCUUAUUUUCAUGAAUUUGAUAAACUUAUGGAUAACAAAUACUUUUAUAUUUCUGACUUACUUAUCGUUAUUGGUGUUGUGAUAUUCUUAAUUGCUUUCUUUGGAUGCUGUGGAGCAAUAAAAGAAAAUGCUUGUAUGACAACUACGUAUUCAACUUUAUUGGUUAUCAUAUUCGUUCUGGAAUUGACUGUCGGUAUUGUUGCUGUGGUUCUGAAAGGGGAUGUUGAACAAUUUUUGGAUAAUCGUUUACAUGAAACCAUGAAACAAUACGGCAACAAAACUUUUAAUGAAACUACUGCAAUAUGGGAUGCUGUCCAAAAUCAAUUCAAAUGUUGCGGUGUAGACAAUUAUACGGAUUGGUACAAUAUUUUACAUAACAAUAUUGAUUUACCAUUGUCGUGCUGUAAAAUUCCUCCUGGUUCAACAUCUUUUACCUGCAAUUCAAACAAUACUUACAAAGUGGGAUGUUUACAAGAAUUCGGCGAUUUUGUUUCUUACAAUAUAUCGUAUGUAGAAGGAAUUGGAAUCGGACUAGCUGUAAUUCAGUUGCUGGGAAUAAUUUUCUCUUGUUGCUUAUCAAAGUUCAUCAGGAGCGAUUAUGAGACUGUAUAAAAGGGUUAAUACUCAUUUAACAGCAAUAUUAUAUGAUAUAACUUUAUUGUAUGUAGUAUAACAGCUUAUAUGAAUCUAUAUAGUGUUUAUUUUGUUUGGAAUAUAAACUUAUUUUUAACUUUUUAAUGUUCUUAUAUAGGAAUUAACUUUUAUAUUAGAUGUUUGUGAUAUAUGUUGGAGUGAAAAAAAAAACUCGAAAACUUUUCAUAUUUCGUCAAUAUUUGUAAUGUCGAGCAAAAAAUCGUAAUAUUUCGAGGAAAUACGACGUUUUUGAAAGUUUCUUCAACUCUAUAUAUAAAAUUAGAGAUUACUAAAUAAUUAAUGUUAUAAAUUUUAUAAAGGAACUGAAUAAAGAUUUUAAAAUGA